GAAUUGUAGUACAAUCCAUGUAGCUGUUCACACACGUGUUUUGGCUGCAUGCAAACAUGGCAUUCAGUUUUAACUUCGAUAUUCCAUUAAAGACAGAAGAAACCACUGAUAAAGAAACCAUAGACGGCGAGGCAAAAGAUGUAGUGACUAAAUGCUCGGAAGCCAGCACAACAGUCCCAAAGAAACUGAAGGACGCUAUUGAGCAUAAACCUUUGCUGGAUCCACUGUCACAUCUUGAGAACUGGGUGCCUGAAACCAUCACCAUUGGUGCACUACCGCCCUUGCUAUGUCUCAAUGAAUCCGUGUUUGAGAAGACUGCAUCUGAACGAGAAGACAGUGAAGAGAUACUGGCCAAGACACGGACUGAAAACUCUGACCUCAUCACCGGAGUCUAUGAGGGUGGACUUAAGAUAUGGGAAUGCACUUAUGAUCUUCUUGAGUACAUUGAUGAUGAGGGAGAGACCUUUUCUGGAAAAAGUGUGUUGGACUUGGGUUGUGGAGCAGGGAUACUUGGCAUACUAGCAUUAAAGAGGGGGGCCAGGAAAGUUGACUUUCAGGAUUAUAACAGCACAGUGAUAGAGCAGCUAACAAUACCAAAUGUGUUCCUCAAUUGUGAAGAUGGUAGUGAUGAUGAAGAGACGGGAGAGAAAAAUGGCAGCCCACCAACUAAGAAGAAAGCUUUGAAUGCAUCACAGACAUCACCGUUAGAUUGUUGUGGCUUCUUCUCAGGGGACUGGAACUCUUUUCUCACACUUUUGCAAAAGAAAAAACCUUCACCGAAAUAUGAUAUUAUAUUCACAUCUGAAACCAUAUACAACACAGACUACUACUCAUCUCUUCACAGUGUGUUUUGUGACCUGCUUGCUGAGAAUGGCAUUGUAUAUUUGGCAACCAAGUCUCACUAUUUUGGAGUAGGGGGUGGCCUUAAUUUGUUUGAGAAGUUUGUUGAGCAAAAUAAUGUUUUUCAAAUGAAACAUUUAAAAGAUGUAGAACAGGGUCUGAAAAGACAUAUUGUGUCAUUGACAUUUAAAAAGUAAACAUUAUGAUCUACUUGUAGGGCAUUGGUAUCAGUUUGAUGAAGGGCCUUUAUU